AUGAUGGGUUCAAGAUGCGGGGCUUGCCGCAGCGCGCCGUUGAGGCAAAGUGAGGGCUUUCGCGGGGGCUCUGAGCAGGAUGGGUGGAACGUGAGCGGAGCGAACCAAGGCUUCCUCGGAACUCUGCCCCUGAUCAGGAUCAGAGGGCAGUUGAUGAAGUUGGGGGUCUGGUGGAGGGCCGGCUGA